AUGCGUCAGCUCACAGAGGACAACCCUGCUGAAAGUAAGUUGCUUAAACAACUCUUUUGCUCCAGAUUACCACAGUAUGUUCAAGGUAUGCUCACCCAUUUGACUGACGUUAGCACAGUCGACCAACUUGCAGCAUCAGUAGAUAAAAUUUUGGAGUAUACAAAAUCUAUUCCUGAACAGAACAAGUCUCCUUUGUCAGUUGCAACAGUUUCUUCUGAAUUCAAAGAAUUUCGUGAAUCUACGCAGAGGACUAUAGAUAAGCUAGUCGCAGAAAUUCGUCUCUUGCGUAUCAAUAGAAGUUCUUCACCUCAUUGCUAUCGUCGUUCUAAUUCUCGUUCUCCCAGCAGAUCAAAACCUUUUUGCUGGUAUCAUUAUAAAUUUGGUUCUACAGCUAAGAAAUGUAUUUCACCUUGUACAUUUAAAACUCAGGAAAACAAAAAAGCCAAACUCUGA